ACAUCACCGGUGCGUGCUGCUGUUGGCUGACCGCGCGCGCCAACUCUCGCUCUCUCUCCGUCUUCCCUCGCGCAUCCUCCUCUCCAGCCACCUCUUCGCCCGCGACCCCCGAGCGACGACCGGAACAAAAAGCCGAGGAGCAACGGUGAGGGAAUUACAAGUGAAAGAUGGACGAAUGAUGAGCGGACCGUUAGUUGGCAAACAGACAGGAGAACCGCUGUCGCAGAGGACGAAGAGGAGGAGGAGGAGGAGGAGAAGGGACGGAGGAGAGAUAGAAGCGGUCACAUCUGCCGCGACUUUGGGGAUUUCUCUCCGGCAAAGUGGGGAGAAAAAAGAAGGGGGAGACGCCACAUUCUUCGGACGCCAAAAUCCACCGUGUGUGGGACAGAGAUGGUUAACAUGUGUCGGAAUUACCGGGGAGGACAAACACGUCGAUUCUGGCGACCGGUUGUCAUGGUACUGUUUGGCAAUUUCGUCAGUUAAGGUAACGUCUGCUUUGACACAGUUGCGGCGCGAGUCAACGUUCCGCCGUAUGUAAGCCAACGGCUAAAAACGGCUGUUCUUAAAAAAAAAUAAACAGUUGCUAGGGGUUCUCUGUAUUCUUUUAAAUAUAUAUAUUAUAUAUUAUAUUAUAUAUAUAUAUAUAUAUUUGUGAUUUGAAGCAUCCUCUGGAGUUGGCCUCCCACGGAGCAGGGUGGAUUUGUUUUGGGGGCAAAGGAGGACGAUUUUUUUUAAGAGGCGAUACCCUCAUCUCCUCCUCCCCCCCUUACAUAAAUGUUUGCGUGCCGUUAGUGCUCUCGUUCUCUGUCGACCCCCCCCCUCACCCUCACCCUCUCUCCCCCCCUCUGAAUAGGUUGCUGAGUCUCACACGCAGAGAGACACAUCUCAUAUGCACACAUAGACACAGACAGACCUGCACAUUGUCUCACGCGCACGCACGCACGCAUCUCAUAUGCAUACAUAAUUACACAGACAGACUUUAACCCCCCUCCUCCUCCUCCUCCUCCUCCUCCUCCCCCCCACCACCACACACCCACCCAACCCUCCUCUCACCCCUCACUAUCUGAUGACUCCCCGGCGUAGAGGUGGACGUGGUACGGAACCGACUGUAGCAGCAUCAUCAUCCUCAACACAACCACUGUCAUCAUCAUCAACAUCACCACCAUCCUCCUCCUCCUCUUCCUCGCCACCACCACCACCACAACCACCACCACCACCAUGUCCUCGUCGUCGCGCAAGAUCUCCUCCGAGUCGUUCAGCAGCUCGGUGGGCUCGGACUGCGGGCUCGAGAGCCCCGGGGGAGACGGAGGGGACGGCGGUUUGGAGACGGCGGAGGAGAGCCGAGGCUGCCCCUUCUCCUCCUUCCCUUCCUCCCACAGAGCGGUGCUCUGGAACGGCCGCAGCCCCGCCGAGAGGUCGGCGUGCCCGGCGGGCGAGGAGCAGCAAGGACCCGCUGGACCCCACAAGAGGGUCACCAGGAGGAGACGGGUGAACCUGGAUUCGCUGGGGGAGAGCCUGAGGCGACUGACCUCACCCAUGACACAGACUGUUCAGGAGGCUCUGCAGCGAACUCUACAAUUCUACAGACAGCAAGAGAUCAGGUGUCAGGAAGUUGGCAGUGAGGAGCGGCGAAGAGAAAGGGAUAAGUGCCCAUUUCUAGAAAAUUCUGGUUCAGAGGAAGAUGUCCUACAAAUCCUUCAGUACAUGGCCACCAUACUGGGAGUCCCAUUCUGUGAGCUGCGAGAGCAUUUCGGGGAGGAGUUCUUUGGCCUCUGCUUUGAAGAAAAUGAACGCGUGCUUCGGGCUGUGGGUGGCAACCUCCAGGACUUUUUCAAUGGCUUUGACGCCAUUUUGGAGCACAUUCGCACCUCCACGGGGCGCCGUGCUUCAUCUGAGAGCCCCUCCUUCCAGUGCAAGGAUCCCCACGAGGAGGAGAAAGGCAGAAGAAAAUUGGACAAAGUUGGAGAGCAAGGAGAAAGAGAUGGAAGAGGGAAGGUGUUGCUUCUUCACUGUUUUAACCCUGCGCCUGUUGUUGGAUUGGUCAUGCCAGGGUUGAUCCGAGCUGUUGCCAGGCGGAUCUUUCAUUCAGAAGUUGAGGUGGAAGAGGUGCCACCUCUAACUCCCUUAUUGCCCAAUGAAGACACAGAACACACAGACGGUGACUCUGCAACCCCAACUCCAACUGCAUCACCCACUGCCUCACCCUCCUCAUCUCCAUCCCCUCCCUCUCCUUUCCAAACCUCUGUUCCCACAGUUUGCUUGUCCUUCCAAAUUCAAGAGACGUGUCCUCCUUCCCUCUCUUCCUUCCCAAAUGCUGCCUCGGUGAGCACUAAACGCCCCCACCCCUCACUCUCCACCAACCCCAGUGAUCUGCGCAUCGGCCUGGCCACGUUUUGCCGUGCCUUUCCAUUUCACCUUGUCCUGGGGCCUCGCAUGGAGCUACUGCAGCUUGGAGAAGGAUUGAGGAGACAGGCUCGCAUUGAGCCUCAUCGGAGCUUCUCGUUCAGGGACUGUUUUGAGAUUGUCUCACCCAAGAUGGAGCCUUCGUUCCAGGGUAUCCUCCUGAGGCUUGCAUCCCCAUUUACCAUCCGUACCAGACCUGAUACCACACAGACUGGCACCAAGGAGAAGGUCAUGGAAUUGAAGGGUCAGAUGAUCCAUGUGCCCGAGUCCAGCUCCCUGAUGUUUCUGGGCUCACCACGUGUUGAUAAGUUGGAGGAGCUAAUGGGCAGGGGCCUCCACCUGUCAGAUAUCCCCAUUCAUGAUGCGACACGGGACGUUAUCCUGGUGGGGGAGCAGGCCAAGGCACAGGAUGGCCUGAAGAAGAGAAUGGACAAACUUAAGGCCACCUUAGAGCGAACUCACCAAGCACUGGAGGAGGAAAAGAGGAGAACUGUGGAUCUCCUUUAUUCCAUAUUUCCAGGAGAUGUGGCACAGAAACUGUGGCAGGGUCAGCCAGUGCCCGCUCGCAAAUUUGAUGAUGUUACCAUGCUGUUCUCGGACAUCGUGGGCUUUACUGCUGUGUGUGCCCAGUGCACACCUAUGCAGGUCAUCUCCAUGCUGAACGAGCUUUACACGCGCUUCGACUACCAGUGUGGCAUUUUGGAUGUUUAUAAGAUCGAGACAAUAGGUGAUGCCUACUGUGUGGCAGGAGGACUUCACAAGAAGGUUGAUAGUCAUGCUAAGCCAAUUGCACACAUGGCUCUGAAGAUGAUGGAACUUUCCGAGGAAGUGCUGACACCUGAUGGGAAACCUAUCAAGCUAAGAAUAGGUAUCCACACAGGGUCGGUGCUGGCAGGUGUGGUCGGGGUUAAAAUGCCACGUUAUUGCCUGUUUGGGAACAAUGUGACACUGGCCAGCAAGUUUGAAUCGGGGAGCCAUCCAAGGUGUAUCAAUGUUAGUCCCACAACUUACCAGUUGCUGAAAGAUGACCGCUCUUUUUCAUUUGUCCCUCGCUCACGGCUGGAGCUCCCAGAGAAUUUUCCCAAAGAAAUCCCAGGGACGUGUUACUUCCUGGAGGCGGGGACAUCGCACAGCCAUGCCUCGCUGACCAGCUCUCGCUCAGCUCCCCCAGCCUCUAUGAGGAAAGUCUCCUACAGCAUUGGGACCAUGUUUCUAAGAGAAACAAGUUUGUAGGUACCAUACACAGACUAGGAUACACAGAUAUUCAUAAUGUGAGAGGGAGGGUUUGAACCUGUGGAACAUACAGGGAACAGAUCACACAGAUCUUUGGAUAUGCAAAUGCAUUAUGUGUGAAAACUUGGAUUUAGACCUGUGGGAUGGCCUAUAUGAAUGAAACUCGCUCUCAUCAUAGGUGAAAAGGACAACAUGCCCUCAUCUUCCCUUAGCAAGGGUGACAUGAUUCAAAAGACUUAAAGAAGUGCGACAAUGCUCGUCUCACAUGGACCUUUCCCCAAGGAGCUGUACUGAUGGGGUCAAUUAGAGGAGAAACCUUUAUAUAAAACUUAAUGACCUAGCUGUCUUCAUCAGUCCCAAACCUGGUUUCUAGCUCUCUCCGGUGUUCCUCUCCAAAAUGGUACCUUGACCUGGGUGUAGACGCAACAAUGUUUGCAUAAAACCUGGAGAGACCAUUUACAUGACCAGGGUUGCACUCAUUAGCAAUGGAAUUGCGCAAGUUGAACAAAUCCACUUUCCAUUAACAAAGUGGAUGCUGAGGAAUGAAGUUGUAUGAACUUUAAGAAGAUGGCAACAUUGCCACAAAUGUUUGCUGUGCAUCAUGGCCUCUUGUACAAGGACGACCACUACUGAAGAACAAUACAACUCCCCUCCCUCCCCUUCCAGGUGUCCCUAAAUCAUGUCAUGUUUUAUCAAACAUAUUUCUAACAUCUGCUCGUUAGAUCCAUCCGUCAACCUUGGACCAGUUGGUCGGGGUGGGCAGAGACAAAUGAGAGGCACAAACAAGGAGAUUUUUUUGGUUUGAAAAGGGGUCAUCAAGGGACAAAUGCCAAAAACGCUAGUACUAAGCUGAUCUUAGAGCCUUUUCUGCUUCUAACCCACAGCAAACUAUAACCAACAACAAUCCAGCCAUUUCAUUGCAGGUAAUAUGUUUAGGACUGAAAAUUAUUCCCAGCUCAGUGCCUUUUUACUGCUCUAAUCAGGACAAAUACAAGAUGGAUUCAUUCUAAAUAUUUGAAAAGAAAAAAAUAUAUAAGGAGCGCUUCAUUUAUCUUAUGUUUCCACUUGUUGGAAGAAAUGUUUAUGACAUUUCUGUGUCAUUUGCUAUUUUACAGAGUGAAAGAUUUGAGGAAAUGACUUGUGCCAAAGGUUAUAUAGCCACAUUAGAGCCUGUGAUAUUGCAAGUCAUGGCAGGCGCCUUAUCCCAUCUAGCCAUCACCGAGUCCUGAUUAGUUUCUCUAGUUGUCUCUCAUUUUGAGAUGGUCAUGAGUGGCUGGUAAGAUAAAUCAAGUACUCCUCAAAAAAGUUCAAAUAUUUUGAAAUUCUUUUCAUCUUUUUUUUUGUCCAGAUCAAUCAAUAAUAACACACAAUAUAGUGCUAAUAAUAUAGUACUAUACUAACUUGUACACAUAGUCACAGUAUGCAUGCUUCACACGGUUCACAUUUACAUACGUAGUCUUUUUUUUAAUUGCGUUGUUUUUUUACCAUGUGGAAAUUAAAGUAUUUACUAGCCCCAUACAAGUGUAACCAACAGGAUUUGAAUUCAAGUUUAGUAGUUUGCUAGUAGGCUGAGUAUGAUUUACUCAGUGGAAAUCUCAGGCCUUCCUAAUACUUAAGCGUAGCUCAGUAACCCAGACAUGGGAAAAUAAUAAAAUGUUUUUGUCUAAGAGAAUCUUCAUAAACUGUCAUCAUAAAGAGGGAAGUGAAGGGUUGAAGUUGGAUAUUCUUUGAAUAUUUUACAGACUUGGCACAUUUGGAUACUUCACAUUACAUUGCUGCCAUUGUUCUCUUUGGUUGUUGACAUCACAUAGAUGUGACAUCAAGAUUAUAUAUCAGUUGGAAUUUCUGGCUGUUACAGACCCACAGACAAAAAAAACCUAUUAUUAGGAGGCAUUAGUUUCCAUGAAAUAUUACAUUUUUGAUGUUGAUAGAAAUGUUUUUAUUAGCUAAAGAAGUACAUAGAGAUUUCUCAACAUCACAUGAUAAUUUUAACUUUUUACUGAUUACCAAAAAAAAAAGUUCAGAAAUAAUCUAGUUUGUUUAAAUUUGAAUAAGUGGUGCUACCUGUGCGUGCUUACCUUCUUGGUGUAAAUUCAUUUUUGUUUUUUUUUCUUCAAUUGUUACAACAUCACAAUAUGGCUUAAGAUACUGACAAAAUAGCUUAAUAACUAAACUGUUAAUAAUUCACUUUUAAAUCACAAAACAGAAAGGAAAUAGCAUGUUGCUAUUUACCUACAUCUUGCCAAAUAUCACAGUGGUUGCUAUAUCCUCUACAAGAUCAAAUAAAAUAUUCUACUGAAUGGAGACACCAACAGCACCAACAUCUUGCUUUUUAAGUAAAGGUUUUUGUACCUGCUGUCUGUUGUGUACAUUCAGUUGUUGAGGGCAGGACCAGCACAUUUUGACAGCCGGACACUUUGUCAACCCUCUGGCAGAGAUUCAACAGGAACACAUGCUGGCUAUGCUAUGUAAAACACAGCUUGUAGGAAAACAUCACAAGGGUCAUUUAUAUCGGACACAAAAACUAAUUCCCAUCUGGCUGAAGGUUUCACCCACUAAUGGUCUCUGUGCCCUCUAACUGAGAUUAACACCAGCAUAACAAAGCAAUGUGCCAUAUUCAAGGAAAGGAUGGAAGGAGGAAAAAUAUUCCUUUUUGACCAGCCAGUGUUUGAACCAGAGAUGGAAGUGUUAGAAAACUUCGAUCAUAAGUCCUUAUUGCCAUAAAUAAUUCUUACAACUGUCACCAGAGUCUCUGACAGGAGUAGCAUCAGAAAGCUUGAAACGUUUGCAUGUUCUGUAAACGCCCUGAUACGUUUUGGCAAUGAAAAUAGACUGAGAAUAUUUUUCCAUACACUCCAUAGUCUUAUCUAUAUUUACUGUAAAUGAGAAUUAUAACCUAUUUUCAGGCAGUCACUUUAAGUAUACUAUGCAGUAUAGCACUGACAUUGGACUAGGCAACACUAACACCUAAAGAUAAAUCCUAUCAGUCAAACACAUGGGGCAGAAAUCAGGAAUUGUAACACGAAGAAAAUAUGUGUAUUAACUCCAAACUAGGUGCCAAUGUUUAGUUGGUCGACCUUGUAAUCUAAAGCCUAGAGAACUUAUCUACAGUAUAAAAUGAUUUAAAGUAAAGUGGCAACUCAAAAUUUAUGUCAGUAUACACAUUUCUUUUGUCAGGGCUUGCUACACCUGUUAGAAAGCAGCAUAAUGUUCACAUUUUAUUGCUUUGUGGUAACAACGUCACAGCAUUUCCUAAGACCAAAAGGUCUAUAACGUUCAUGUUUCUUGUGAUAUUAUAGAGAACCAGAAUCUGCAGCACCCACCUGGGACAUACAUCCUGUAUAUGUAUACAUCAGAGGCUCAUAAAAUUAGCAAAUUCUUCUCUCAAUGUUGACAAGCCUGCCUAACCCUGGUUCAGUAGAAAUUGCCAAAUACACUAGAGAAUGGUUAUCAAGUUUUCCAAGAGCCUGAGGGAAGUUUCCCAUGUCUUUAAGGCCUGGGAAUGUGGAUACUGCUAAGCCUUAUUUUGGCCCCGAUGAUAAAGUAAAUUAUAAUUUCAGAAAAUGUUUGAGAGUUCACGAGGGCCUUUUUAUUUAGAUAGGUAUCUAAAACGUUUUUUAGCUCUAUUUAGUUUGACGAAAAAUCCCAUAUGAGCAAAUGAACCCAUAAGCAUUGCCUAGUGCAUUAGUUUAUUAUAGUGAGCUAAACCAGAAACACAUGACAAGUAGCAAUUUAAUGUUACUCAUGGAAGGAGAUGUAUUGUAACAGAGCCUGGAAGGGUGCAGUAUUCACAGUAAGAAUACGCAGUCCAGGAGCCAAGUAGACAAGAUUAGAUGCAUACAAUUGAAGAAUGACGAUGAUAGCCAUGGUUGCUAGUUUAUGUGACUAACUGUUGUUGCAAACCUAGUUUACUGUGUUUACUUCUGGAUAUUUUAAAGAGCAGCAGUUUAAAAAUGUUUUAUUCCAACAUGUCCCCACACACCCAAACGUAGGUGCGACUCGUGCUACAAGGAGAUGAUGACCAACCCACAAUCCAACAGAAUUACACUGUGCAAACUAUUUUAAAUUCACUAUGAAAAAAUCUGUGCAUGGACACUACUAUUGUUGCAUUGUUGUAUCCAGCAGUAAAAGAGACUGAAUUUCCUUAGGGUCCCCCAUAAGGUACAGUAGGUGAACUACUCUUAAGUGUAUCCGACAGUUGUGUUAUUGAGCCUGGGGUAAGGUUUUUCCAAGGCAGAGCUUUCACUUAUAGAGAUGCACAAGUGCUCCCUGGCUGCCAUCCUGGCAAUAUUCUAUAAUGCAUACAUGUAUUAAUAUGUACAAAAUCUAUUGUAGCAUAAAUGUAGUGCAGGUGUCAUUUACACUCAACUUCAGCAGUGUCUGAAUUCUCCAUCUAGGUUAAAUGAAGGACAUUACAUCAGCAUUACACCCACGCAACUUGUGUCCAACGCUCAUGUCUCCAAGUCUGUAAAUUCUUGGCACAAUAUGAAAUGUUUGGUCAGAUCUUACAAGUCUUGCUGUUAUGAUGCAGAGGUGUUGCAGUUACCGGUUCUCUACAGUUUUGUUGUCAGUCGUGGACCAUUACACCAUAGUGUAUGCUGUAGGUCACUCACUCCUACACAGGUGUACAUCGCAGUUACAGUGGCAAUACAACUGAGCUGUACUGUAUAAGCCGUGUCAAACAAUGAACAUGAACAAAUGUUGUCAUGGGCCUGAGGUAAGUGUGAAAGGGUCCAGUGUCCAGUGAGACAAAGCCAAAUACAUCCGUAACUCCAGCAACUGUCGUCUGUGUGCUUGCCUGCGUGAGUGUGUGAAACAAUAUGAGAACAUACUGAUUUUGCCAAUGUACAAACAUACUAGUUUGUUAAUAAAGGUCUGUUGUACCUGUAACAAAUAUGUACAAUUAAGAUCUAUUUAAGAUAUUCAAACUGAAAAAUGGAAAUUGUAAUAAAAUGUUAUUGCAGAUUUUUUUGGUAUAAUUCACAAAAUGAUUUGACGUUAUCACAUUUUCCACUGCUUUGUUGUCCGUUUUCUAUUUCAGCCAGAAACAUUAUGUCAGUGUGUGUGCCAUCUAAAGCCAGGCUCGUUUUCCCUACAUACCAGAGUCCCCACCCUCAAGUAAUGUCUUUUUUAUUUCAUGAAUUAAGGAAAAAAAAAAACUACUAUUAUUUAAAUUUUUCAUUCCACAUAAAAUUUUUAAUGAUUUUUCCUAAAAUGGUGGAUUUAUGAAACAUUUUCUUCAGCUGAAUGAGCAUGACACUGUCAUUUUUUAUUGAAAAAUAAAGUUGCUUAAUAUAUGUUUUCUGCAGGACAUUGUUGUAAACUGUCUUGUUGCCAAGAUCAACUUCACCCCCACUGACUUACAGUACAACGGGUCUAAGCUGAUGGGAAACUGGUCCCUGUUUGUUUAACAUUAGCCUGGUUUUAACAGCAGAAACAAACAUGGUUGUCAUCCAUGUCCAGGGUCCUCCUGAUGGAUGCACAUUACUCCACCGAUCUCCAUCUAUAAAGCGUCACUCACAUGAGAAUAGUAGCUUCCAUAACAUUUUAUUCACCAGCUUUGAUUAAAACUAAUAAAAUAUUUGUGACAUUUAACAACUCAUCAUUUCACUGGGAUCUCUCUCUCUCUCUCUCUCUCUCUCUCUCUCUCUCUCUGGGAGCCACUAGUCGAUGUCACGUGUCAGAAAUCUGGUCAGUGUUUUGUACUUUGAUGUCAUGUCGUAAACAUAAAGAGCUGACCCUGGACAUGAACCCUGUUUGACCCUGUGGUUGGAAUCAGGUGUGUAUGUGGACGAGGCUUGAUGACAGCUGUUGGUUUCUGACUGACAUUAAGGGCACAUUUUCUGUCUUAUAUGAUGUAAAUAAAAAAACACCAAGUAUCUUUAAUAAGGAAAAA